AUGAAAGAAGAGCUUCAACACAAGUUCACCUCGUAUAAACCAAGAAUGCAACAGUAUCACCCAGACAAACAGAAUGCAGAUGUGCCAGUGGGAGAACUUGAGGAGUGCGUACAGAGGUUCAUCGAAGUUGAUCAGGCGUGGAAAAUACUAGGGAAUGAAGAAACAAAGAAAGAGUAUGACCUGCAGCGUCGUGAAGUGACCAUGUCACAGACGUGGCCAGUUGAUGCACAAGUCCCUUUAGAAGACAUGCAUUGGGUUGCAGCUGAACAGUGCUACAAAUAUGAUUGUCGAUGCGGUGGUGAAUAUGUUCUUUCCAAAGAAGAAGUGGAAGAAAACGUAUUUCUCCUUUGUUGCAACUCUUGCUCUCUCAGCAUAGAGAUCUUGAACGGAAGUUGAUAUCUUUCAAUUGAGUUUUCUUUUCGAAUGUAUCGUCCAUAGAAGCCUAGCAGCUGUCAUGCAGAAUGAAUAUUAGAAAUGCUGACUGUGAUGAAGUACUGAUUUAUGAAGCUGCCUGGCUGAAACUUAAAUGACUCCAUCAGUUGAAUUAAAACAAAAGGUUAGAAUGCAAGUCUUAGUAAUAUGGCGGCCUAACUUUUAAAUAGCCUGAGUCUGAAAUGAAAAUCCUCCCAACACUCAUUUUUUUUCUUGCAAAUGCUUAGGAAUGACUAACGUCUUCUUAAGCAGCUGGAGGAUAAAUAAUGGGACCAGUUUAUGUUUGUAUGAUACAUUACAGCAGUGAAGCAUGCACACAUAAUGUGACUUUGUAGGAAAAUAUAUUAAGUGGAUGAUGUCUUAAGGCAGAGAAGAAGUCUUUCUAUGCUUGGGAUCAGUGUCUGAGCUGUGAACAUGGACAUUGUUGAAGUGAAUUAAGGAUGAAUAAUCUUGUUUACCUAAA